CAAAAAGCUCUUCAACAUGGACAGAGUUCACAAACAAUCUAUUUGGCGAUUAUGGAGGAAUGGGAUCUGGAAGUCAUUCCCCGACACUAGGGAGGCUUUAUGCUUGGGAGAAAAAGAUGUAUGAAGAGGUUAAGGAUGGGACGAUAUAAAGAGAUGGCUAAGAAAUCCAAACAUGAUCAUGGAGAAUCUAGUAGAUCAAGAGCACGACCCCAAGUUGCAGUUUCACAAGCUCCACAGGAGCGAGGAUCAAGGUCGCUUAGGCACUUGACACCUCUUCAGCGCACUCUGGUGGAUGAUUAUAAAAGCAAGCAGUUAUGUGUCGGUCGUUUCUUUGAUGAUAAUAUUCUGACAGAGUUUGGUUGCCUGAACGAAAUUAAUGGACUGAUAAGGCACCCUCAACUCCACCGUUUAUUCGAGUGGAGAGGACCAACAUAUGCGCCAGUGACUUAUGAAUUUUUGGCGACACUUGAGAUCAGAAAGGAAGUUAAUAAUGCGAGGGAGUCCAUCUCGUUCAGAUUGUUUGGCAAUCAUUACAGCUUAUCGGUUAACACUUUAGGUGUUACUCUUGGAUUUCACACUGCCAAGAGCAUUUCUUUACCAUACUUCAGGAACUUUAAGGAUGAUUUCGAUUCGGAGGUUGUAGUUGUUCAGUACUGGAAGAGCAUAACUAACAAUGCAGCUUACAACUCCUCCAACCUCAAGGCAAAGCUCAUCACUAGGAAUGCUUUGAAGGCUAUCAGAUUGGCCUUUGCAGUUAAUCUCUCUGGUAGGACCACCAACCGAAACAAAGUCUACAAGCAAGAUCUAUUUUACAUGUGAUGUAUGGAG